AUGUGUGUUUGGUCGAUGACUGAUCUAGUCUACCCCCGGAUCCCCCCUUACAAGGGCCGCUGGCACCCGCCCGCCGCAUUACUGGAUGCCUACAACCACAUGUGGAUUGACACCGACGUAUGGGCAUUACCCUCGGAGAUCCAAUACGCCCUGUACUCGCAACCGACCCGCGGACCCGGCGCCCAGGGAAGUUACCUGGUAGUCCUGCCGCCGGGCUACUCGGACACUGACCUCGAGGGGCCGCGGUACCCGGUUCUCUACUGGCUGCACGGCGGGUUCUCCUGCUCGCGACACGCGGAAUGGUCGCUGCGCUUCUACUCCCGGAAGAUGGUACUCGGCAAGAUGCCCCCCUGCAUCUUGAUCGCCGCGCAGGCCCUCCCCAAGGGCCGCUGGAUCAACAGCUACGACGGCGCGCGCCCGCUGGGCGACAUCAUGCGCCGCGAUCUCGUGGCCGCCGUCGACGAGCGGUACCGCACGAUCCGGCACCCCUCGGCGCGGUGGCUGGAGGGCCACUCGGCCGGCGGCUACGGGGCGUGGAAUCUGGGGUUGAAGUACCCCGAGGUCUUUGGCGGGGCGCUGAGUUCCCUCGCCGGCAGCUUUCGGACCAAGCUCGCAGAUGAAGGGCGGGAGGUGACCUACGAUACGUAUAAUGGCAGUCAGGCGUUUUUCACGGCGAAUCAUGCGUUGACGCUGUUGGAGAGGCAGUUGGAGCAUGUGAAGCGGGAGAAGACGGAGUUGCGGUUGUUGAUUGGGGGGGAGGAUGUGCGGCUGCGCGAGGCGCAUGAGCAUAUGUGGGAGACGCUGACGGCGUGGGGGGUUGAGUUUGGGAAGGCCAUUGUCCCCGGGGCGCCGCAUACGGCGGAGGACGUGCUGGGAGGGUUGAAUGAUGCGGGGUUGCAGUUUUGGUGGGAUGCUAGAGCCAAGGUGGUCGAGGAGAAGGAGAAGUGGUUGUGA